UCAGGACGCCUGCCCACCACCCACCUGCCUCUGGGACUCUGUUCAUGGGUCAGGGUGAGUGAUGCCCGACCCUGUGUCCUGCUCAUCUAUCCCGCCUUGGGCGCCAGGCCCUUGGCGUGGGCCGGGCUGGCUGCAGGGCUGUGGCGUCACAUAUGGGGGAGAGCCCAGAGUUCCAGGUUCAGCCCAUGAUGCCAGGCUGCCGGCUCAUGUGUCUGUGUCCCCCUCUCCCCUGCAGUGGCCAGACGAUGGCUGGGGACGGCACGUGGUGCCAGUGGGAGCAGAACCCCCAAGGCAUCUCCAGGAGGCUUCUCUGGUGUCCCACCGGCUGUCUCCUGGGGUUCUUGCCGGGCAGUGACGGUGCUCCUUCUCUCGGCAGGAAGUCCAAAGCAAAGCCCAACGGGAAGAAGCCUGCGGCCGAGGAGAAGAAGGUGUACCUGGAGCCAGAGUAUGCCAAGUCCAGGAUCACCGACUGCGAGUUCAGGGAGCUGGUGGUGCUGCCCCGGGAGAUCGACCUCAACGAGUGGCUGGCCAGCAACACCACCACGUUCUUCCACCACGUCAACCUGCAGUACAGCACUAUCUCGGAGUUCUGCACGGGGGAGGCGUGCCAGACCAUGGCCGUGUGCAAUACACAGUACUACUGGUAUGAUGAGCGAGGGAAGAAGGUCAAGUGCACUGCCCCCCAGUACGUCGACUUUGUCAUGAGCUCUGUGCAGAAGCUGGUGACGGAUGAGGACGUGUUCCCCACGAAAUAUGGCCGAGAGUUUCCCAGCUCCUUCGAGUCCCUGGUGAAGAAGAUCUGCAGGUACCUGUUCCACGUGCUGGCCCACAUCUACUCGUCCCACUUCAAGGAGACCCUGGCGCUCGAGCUGCAUGGACACUUGAACACCCUCUACAUCCACUUCAUCCUCUUCGCCAGGGAGUUCAAUCUCCUGGAUCCCAAAGAGACCGCCGUCAUGGACGACCUCACGGAGGUGCUGUGCAGCGGCGGGGGCCACGGUGGGGGCAGCACGGACGGGGCCAGCGGUGGGGGUGCAGGGGCACAGAACCAUGUGAAGGAGAGGUGAGCCGCACGGCCAGACAGGCGUGCACGUGUGCAGAGACGGUGGCAUGUGUGCCUGCGUGUGUCCACCUGUGUGCGCACAUGUGCUGGGCAUGCUGGGCAGGAAGUCAGAGAGGUGGCGCUGCCCAGACCAGGCCAUGCAGAGUGUGGACCCCGGAGCCGGCGUCUGCCUGCUUCCCGCGCCGUUUUCCUGUUGGAUGGACAAGUGCCGCUUGUCGAGAAGCACCUGGGACUCCUUCCUCCGCUCAGCACACCGAGGGGACUCUGCUCUGUUUCCUCCGGGCUUCCUUUCCUUGUCUUCUCUGCGGCCCGGCCCCACCUCCCCGGCUCUGCCGCUCUGAGAAGUCGCCAGUGAGAUGGGGCUCCUCCCAGGCCUUGGGCUGCAGACCUGGGUUCCUCUUGGUUGUGUUGUUUCAGGGUGGGUUAUCUUAGAUUCCUCCUGUCUCCCCUCGACUGGAUCUUGGCUGUUUGCAGUUCAGCUUGGGGGGGCAGGGAGGCCAGCGAUGCUCUGUAGGGCCCCCCCAGCUCAUGUCCCCGUUCCUCCUGCCCCUGCCGCCCAAGAGGGACCCCUGGACUGGCCGGCCUUGGGACCGAGGCAUCGGGGGCGGCAGCCUGUGCGGAGCACCUGUGGGCAGAAGGCAGAGCCUUGCACGCUCUGCUCCUCUCUGUUUGCUCGAAUAAAAAGAAUUCUCUCAGGUUA